UAUAAUCAAUCAUUUAGAAACGCAUGUCCCAAGCAACUUGAAGCACAAUAUUGGGACCAUAUGUGUAAAAUUCAGUGCAGCAGCAGCAUUUAGAUGGGGGCCGUUUCAAAUGCAUCCGAUCAGAAUCAGAACACAACUCCUUAACAAUAAUAAACUCUGUUUGUUUUCACCCCUUUCAAUUAUCCAAACCCACCUCCGAUUCGCUCAAAAUCUUGAUCACAAUCCUCAACCCCAUCAAAAAAACCCAAACUUUAUCCCCUUUUACAACCCUAAUUUACCUGAUUUCUUACAAUCUUGCAUACAUGGUCACUGACAAUUCCCCCAAUUUCGACGACGGAGCUGCCAUUUACUCUGCAAUGGUGCCUUGUGAAGGCGAGGGGAAGAGAAAAGAGUUGACGGGUUUUGAAAACGAAGGAAGCAGAAGGAAGAAAAAGAAGAAGCAAGGUGGUACACCUCGUCCCGCUUGCUCUUGGGUACAUUUUAGCCGGGAAUUUAUUAAGGAGUACAGUGCUUCCCAUCCCGAAUCCUCUGGUCUGAAAACUGCAACAAGAGCAGCCUCGGAUGCAUGGAAAGUGAUGUCUCUUGAAGAAAAAUCAAAAUACACAAAACGGGCUCGUGAAGUAUGGGAUGACUACUUGAGUGCUGCUCCUGCGCGCGAACCUAAACCUAGAAAGCAGGCCAACUUAGUCACUCGGUGUUCUCCCGGUCGUUUAGUCAAUGUGCUAAAGCACUUCACGGAAGACCAAAAGGAAGCCGUGAAAAGCAUGGGCUUUGGUAGUCUUCUCGAUCUCAAAUGUAGAACUUUGAGGCGUAGUUUAUGCCUAUGGUUGUUAGAAAGAUUCAACACCAUAAGGCGUAGCUUAGAGAUAUGCGGUGAAAGAAUUCCUAUAUACCCGCAUGAUGUUGAACUUGUAAUGGGUUUACCUGCUAGCGGUAAAGAUGUGGUCAACUCAGGUCCUGACGACUUGGUUGCAGAAUUGCGCCUAAAAUACAACGCUUCAAAUCGAGGAAUUUCAGUUCGUUUUCUUGAAGAACGAUUGGGACAACCGGAAGCAGGAGAUGAUUUUAAAAGAGCGUUUUUGCUUUAUGUUUUAGGGACGCUUUUGUGCCCUACAGCAAGGCUAGAUGUUAGCCCUUCGUUUCUGCAUCUUUUGACGGAUAUGGAUUGUAUUCAUGAAUACAAUUGGGCAAAAUUUUUGCUUGAUAGGUUAGUUAGGGAGGUGUCCCGCUAUCGUCAAGGGAAACAACGGGCUGUUGGUGGUUGUCUUUUGUUUCUUCAGAUAUUUUACUAUGAAAGUGUUGCUAUUGGAGGAACGUGUGAACCGGUCCCCGUUGUUGUUCCAUGCAUAACACUGUGGACCGAAGAAGCUAUUUCUGAGCGAGAGAAACAGGAGAAAGAGCUCGGUGGUUACGGUAGUGGAGAGGUGAUUUGUAAGGAGAGAGGUCUCGGUUUAGGGUUGUUAAAUGGCCGUGAUCAUGUUGAUGUGCGCCCGUUAAGACAGGUGGCUACUAGAGUUAAUCGUGGUACUCUGGUUCGACAAGAAGAUAACCUGUUACUGCAGGAAAGUGUACCAUUUGCUUACAAGAACGAGAACACGCCACCUCUCCGAAUCGAUAACUAUAGCUACAAAAAUCCAUUAGAGUAUUCAAACACAAAUCCUCACGACAAUCGAGGUAUGUACACAGGUCAAUGUACAUGCCCUCUUCUGAACUGCAACUUCACGGGUUUAUUUCAAGAACUAUCAGAUCAUUUCAGCACGAAACAUUGGGAUUCCGGAAGGCGUUUUCAGUAUAAUUCCCCGUUACCCGUGUCUUUAGGCAUGGAUGAAACGUUUCUUGUGCUUCAAGCAGAAGAAGACGGUGUUCUGUUUUUACUAAAUAAAGGGACUGAAAAUAUUGGCCAUACGGUUAUGGUAACUUGUAUUGGCCCGGGCAACAGCAAUGAACAGUUUCUGUAUUGUCUUGUAUCAGAAAGAGGAACCAGCUCGUUAAAAUUGAAGUCGUACACACAGACUCUACCGGGCCGGGUUGAAGGUAUUCCUCCGUCUGAUUUUCUUUUGGUCCCGUUUGGGUAUCUUAAUUCAUCUGGGGAGCUUAAUUUGGAGGUUUGUAUAUGGAGCCCUUCAGAUUUAAGUGAAGUUUGACACCAAAAAAAAAAGUAUUUUUUUUCAAGAGUUAUUGAGUUUUUAAACCAUUUUACUAUGUUUUUUUGUUACAAUAAAACCAUCUAGUAAAGAUGCUAAAAAACACUAUACAUAUAAUGAAAUAAGUGUUUUUAUUAUUAUUAUUUUUCAAAGAAAGAUGGUUGGUUUGUGACUAGAAGACAGGUACCAUGGUCCAUAGAAGCCUUUGCUCUUUUUUUUUUUUUUUUUUUUUGGUUUUUUCUUGGAUUUAGGAAUUGUAUGUAGUAGGGUUAUGUUGAAAAUGAUAUGUUUUCUUAAGUUUUAGUUUACUUAUAGUAGAACAUUUAUAAUUGCUGAAAGUAUUUGUGAAGUUUUCUGAAUAUAUAGAUUGCAAAACUUGGAUUUUUUUUAAUAAUAUCAGAAUGUGUGUUCAAUA